GAGUGGCUCAAGCAUAUUUUCAAGGGGUGCGGUUGGGUUUUUUGCCUAAAAUAUACACUAAAUUUUUUUUUUCAAGGGGUGCGCCCACCCACCUUGGUCAUAACCUAGGUCCGCCCCUGUAAGAACUACAUACUUAACUAGACAUAUGUAUUAGAAAAAUAACAUACUCAAUAUCAGUUACAUAGUAAUGUCAGUUCUACUUCAAGUUUAUUGCUUCAGCCUUCAAGUCACAAAAUUCUGCAAUAAGAAAAUGUUUAUGGAGAUAUAUUUUUUGAACAGUGUUCCUAAAAACGGUGUUCGAUUAAUACGUAUAUUUUACUAUAUCUCAUCAAAACUAGCCGGUACUCAAUACCAAGUUUAUUGACGUCCAAACGACGAUAAAAAAGCAAUUUUUAACGCGUGAAAAUAAGUAAGCCGUACUGUUAAGUAAAGACAUCUAAAUAGAAAAUUAGAUUUACUUAAAGUUUAGAGGCUAUACAAUAACUUUACUAAAGUCGUAGAGUAUAAAACGUAAAUCGGUUAAAAUAAAAUAGAAAAAAAAAACCUUAUAUGCUUGAAGGGGUGCAAGUGUAAAAUUCAUUUAAACCAACUAAUCAAACCAGCUAAUAUCAUUUGUUUAAAGACCUAAAAAGCAUGAAUUGAUCGACCAGAAGAAAUUUGAGAAAAUGUAAUCCUCCCAGAGUCCCAGGUAUUUGACUUCUGUUGUUUCUUUCUCAUUUGUGGUCUAUGAUUGUUAUUAAAGACACAUGUAAAAUGUUAUCCUUAUGUUAUUCAUCUUUGCUUUGCUGAAUAGUCUACACAAGUACACAAUAUCAUUAAACUUAAGACCUUACCUACAAUUUAAAGUCUUACUGUAAUCCCAAAGUCUUUUCUCACACCAAACCUCGUUCCAUUAUGUCAAUCUACAAGUGAACGUUUUACACACUUUGAUGUGAAACUUAUAAUUAUGUUACUAUUGAACCAAAGACUUGCAAGUUGGUGGGAAAGGUCAAAAAGUAUCAUUGGUCUUUGAAAUUACAUGCAGAUAAUUGUACUAUUAUUGAGUAUAUAUAGAUAGUAGCUCACUGAGUAUCUAUAGCCAUUUGAAGAAACAUACAAUUAAAGAGAAUGAGUAAUUCGAUUUUGCUCUUCUUUUUCCUUUCCUUAUUCUUCAUCUCUUCUUUCACUUCUUCUAUCAACACCACCCAUAAAUGCUCUGUUCAACAGACCCUUGAUUUGCUUCAUUUUAAACAAAACAUUUCCUCAAUCAAUGAUACCAUGUAUCGAUAUGACUUUCAAUGUGAAGCUUGGCUUGGUUCUAGUUAUAAUCCAAUUAUGAUGAGCUGGAACACACGUACAGAUUGCUGUGAAUGGAAUGGAGUCACUUGUGACGACUCCACUGGUGAUGUUAUCGGUCUUGACCUGAGCUGCGGCAUGUUGCAAGGUACCAUCCACCCUAACACCACUCUUUUUCACCUCCCUCGUCUACAGAGACUCAACCUUGCUUACAAUAACUUUACGGAUUCCGAAUUUCCACCUGCCAUAGGCAGACUUUCUAAUAGUCUCACACAUCUCAACAUCUCUUCCUGUGAGUUUACUGGUCAAGUGCCCACAACUAUUUCACACCUUCAUAAAUUGGUGUCCCUUGAUCUCUCUUCGAAUGGGGAUGAUUUCAAUCUUGAACCUCAUGUUUUCAUCAAUUUGCUUCAAAAUUUAAGUGUUGUGAAAGAACUUUCUCUUACAUAUGUUAACAUCUCUGCAGUUUUACCUAGUAAUCUUAGUAUAUCUUCAGCUUUAAAAUUGCUAAAUCUUGGCUCGGCUGGAUUGCAAGGAAACCUGCCUCGCAACAUUUUCAAUCUUCAAUCUUUGGAAACACUCGACUUGUCGUCUAACAGUUUGACAGGACAUAUCCCUUCAGAGGUCUCACUUCUUCCUAAUUUGGUUUCACUUGAUCUCUAUGGGAAUAAUGGGAUAGAUCUUGACCCUCAUAUUUUCAGCAGUCUCCUUAUAAAUUCUACUUUUUUGAGAGACCUUCAUCUUUAUGGUGUUAAUAUAGGUUUUGUUUUACCCACUUAUCUCAAUAUCUCUUCUUCUCUAAGAUCACUCGAUCUCAGCAACACCAGCCUGCAAGGGAAGUUACCUGAUAACAUCUUAAAUCUUAAAUAUUUGGAACAAAUUGAAUUGUCAGGGAACAAUAUUUUCUCUGGUCCAUUUCCCAAGGUUAACACAAGCACUAACAUCCCUCUCAGGAGGUUAGGUCUCUCAGGUUGUGGUUUGAAUGGGUCCCUUCCCAAAUCCCUUGGUAACCUUAGAUACCUUGAAGAUAUAGAUUUAUCAAAUAACAAGCUUUCUGGAACACUGCCUUCUUCAUUGUUUACCCUUCCUUCUUUAGAAUUUAUCAACCUCAAUAAGAACAUGUUCCAAGGAAAUAUGCCACUCGAGUUGUUUUCUCUUCAAUCUUUAGAAUUUUUAUCCCUUGCUAAGAAUCAAUUAACUGGCCUUAUCGAUGUGCUUGAUAAUGGCCCUGACCUGCAAACAUUUCAACGCCUUACCAACCUCAUUAUCCUUGACCUUUCAUAUAAUAAUUUUAGAGGUGACUGGAAUUUGGAUGCAUUGUUAUCAAGCCUUACCAACCUCGCUAUCCUUGACCUUUCAUAUAAUAAUUUUAGAGGUGACUGGGAGUUGGAUGCAUUGUUAUCAAGCCUCACAAACCUUCAAGUACUCACCCUGUCACACAGUGGUAUAUCUGUUACAACCAGUAAUGCUAAUCAUCAUGUCAAUCCUAAUUUUGGGACGUUAAGUUUGGCCUCUUGCAGUCUAAAGGUGUUUCCGGUGUCCAUUAGAGCCAUGACAAAUCUUAGAUACUUAAAUUUGUCCAACAAUGAUAUACAUGGACACAUUCCUGACUGGAUAGGGGAGAUAGGAAGAAAUGAGUUAUUAGUUUUGGAUCUUUCAAAUAACUCCAUUACCGGCACCAUUCCAAAUGUAUACGAGGAUUGGAGCGAGUUAGAGGGGUUUGUUUUGAAUGGAAAUCAGUUACAAGGAAAUGUGCCAACUUCUUUGUACAACUGUCAAAAUCUGAGAAUAAUUGAUUUGGGAAACAACCAGUUAAGUGACACAUUCCCUGGCUGGUUAGGAGAUCUUCCCAAAUUACAGGUUCUUAUCCUAAGAUCAAACAAUUUUCAUGGUGGCAUUAAUGUAACCUCUUCAAAGUUAAAAUUUCCAUUUCCAAGUCUGCAAGUUAUUGACUUGUCUCAUAAUGGGUUUGUAGGCCAACUCCCUACAAAAUAUUUGCAAAAUUUCAAUGCCAUGAAGAAUGUGGUAAAAAAGAACACCAAACCAGAGUAUGUGUCCACAGGUUCCAUUUAUUACUCUAUCAUUGUUACGGUGAAAGGAGUUGAUCAAUACUUUCCACAACUUUCGGUUCAGUACACUAUUGUCGAUCUAUCGGGCAAUAAAUUUGAAGGAGAGAUUCCAAACAUCAUUGGAAAUCUGAAAUCUUUGAUAGUACUAAACUUGUCACACAACAGCCUAACGGGUCAAAUCCCACAUUCUCUUGGGAAUAUAUCUGAAAUUGAAUCGUUAGACCUGUCUUGGAACCAACUCACUGGAGAGAUUCCACAAAGCCUUGUUGAUUUGACGUUUCUUGAGUUCUUAAAUCUAUCACAAAACCAUCUCGUGGGCCACGUUCCACAAGGAAAACAGUUCGACACAUUUGAUAAUUAUUCAUUUGGUGGGAACCCAAAACUCUGUGGGCCUCCGUUGACCAAAAAGUGCGGUGAGCAUCCUCAUGAACUACAACUUGAAGGUGAUGGAGAUGGAGAGGAGAGUGGAUUCACAUGGAAAGUGGUGGUGAUGGGAUAUGGGUGUGGAACCUUACUUGGAAUGGUGUUGGGAUAUAUCAUGUUAUCAACCGGAAGACCAAAAUGGUUCAAUGCAAUUGCGAAUGUAGCAAAUCAUAUGAUCUUAAACAGGCAAAACAAGAGAAGAUAAUGAAUUUAGUUCAUGAAUGGGAAAGAACUUUAUGUUGCAGCUGGACCCUUUUGAAUCAUGCAGUUGUUGAGAAACUUCUGAAUUAUGUUGUAUGUUGAGUAUUUCUUAUUGUGUUGUAUUUUAGCAGUAGUCGAGAUUUGCGAAACUUCUGAAUCUUUAUUCAGAUAGCUCUUUCUAUAUUUUUAGUGUACAAGUUAAAAUAAAAAAAAAGUAGAUCCACAUGGUUAAUUGUCUGUGAAGCUAAGAACAAUUAUAGGACCACUUUAUUAAAUCA